AUGGGGUGGUUCGACGGCUGGUUCGGGUCCGGCGCGCCCGCGUCCGACAACCCGCUCAAGUCCCUCGACCCGAAGCUCCGCGAGUUCCUUGAGCGCGAGUCUCCGGUCAAGAUCCAGCAGCAGCAGGCCCAGGACGCCCAGAAUAGGGCCGCCGAUGCGGCGACGCACGCGCAUGUACAUUCACAACAGGACGCCGCGGAAGCAGGAGAUCGGCCAAAGGUGCCCAAGGAGAGCCUGUUCCAGGACGGGCGGUAUGCGCACCUGUGGAAGACGUACCGCCCCUACACAGAGAUCGAGGCCGAGACCAAGACGGACCACGAGAAGCUCACGGACGUGCUGGAUGGCUACAAGCAGCGGAAACACAACAUCGGCAGGGCGGCGCUCGAGAACUGCGCGAUCCAGCAGGAGGAGUGGGUGAACUGCAUGAAGAGCGGCGACUGGGAGGACCGGCUGCAGAUGUGCAGGCAUCAGGUGCAGCGGUUCGAGAGGUGUUAUACCGUGCAGACGAGAUUCCUCAGGGCCCUAGGCUACCAUUCCGUCCACAACCGACCGGCGCAGGUGGAGGAGGACAUACAGAUGCACGCGGACCAGCUCUACGCGCGCAUGAUCGAGCAAGAAAAGGCGGCCGAGGCGGCCAAGAAGGAGGGCCUCCCCGCGCCCAAGUUCGAUCUCGCGAUACCCACUUCGCCGUCAGGCGCGGACCCCGUCGCCCCCGAGUUGAAGCCCAGACCGGACCUGGAGAAGUCGUGGAAGGAGCAGCUGGAGAAGCUGCCGGAGGUGGAGCGGGCGGCCGAGGAGGCGGCAUUGCGGGCGGACCUGCAGGCCAAAGCGGACGUGGCCAGGAAAGUGCAGAAGCUAUGGGACGACCAGGAGAAGGAGAAGGAGAAGCGCAAGGCGGAGGGCAAGGCCACGAUUUACGAUCGCAUCACCGGGGUGUUUGGCAGCGGCAAGUGA